AUGGCACGCGAUUUCUACAAAGACGGCGUGGAUUUCGCAUCACUCGCCCUUCAGUCGGCCGAUUUCGCUAAGUUGUCGGUGCAACAUAUACAAUUAUUCAGCAGCAUCCUGACUAACAUAGACCAACAAUUGACUGUCAGUCUGCUCAAACGGGAUUUUGAUCUGGAUGUCAACAUCCCAGAGACUCGAUUAUGCCCUCCAGUUCCGAACAGGUUAAAUUAUGUCCUAUGUGUGACAGGUCUUGACAUGUGCGUUCCUACACCCUUUGUCAGAAAGUUUCUAAGUCCCACCAGUGGCACAGGAUGCUGCAGUAUAUACCCUAUAUUAGGCGUACGAACGAGACCGAAUUGGACUUUUAUCGCAACUGAUAUCGACGACGAGAACAUCAAAAGUUCUACAGAGACUGUCAAGGCGAACAACCUUGAGUCACGCAUCCGGAUUGUGAAGACCAACGCAGAUAAUGAUCUCAUUUCUCUGAACACUCUAGGAGUGGAAAGACUCGACUUCACAAUGUGUAAUCCACCAUUCUACUCUUCCCAAGACGAAAUGGUAGCCUCGGCAAAGGACAAGGAUAGACCUCCAUUUUCGGCAUGCACCGGCGCAGAGAUAGAAAUGGUCACACGCGGCGGCGAAGUAUCCUUCGUAUCCCGCAUAGUCACAGAGAGUAUCGCUCUCCAAGAUAAAGUCCUCUGGUACACAUCCAUGCUCGGGAAACUAAGCAGCGUCUCUACACUUAUCGAAAGGCUUAUCGAACUCGGUAACACAAACUACGCCGUAACAGAGUUUGUCCAAGGAAAUAAGACCAGGAGAUGGGCAAUUGCUUGGUCAUGGGCGGAUCGUCGUCCAGCUGUGAGCGUCGCCCGCGGCAUCAAAAGCCCAAAUUACCCGAAACACCUCCUCCCCUUCCCAUCGGAAUACACCUUCGCCCUCCCGGGACGCUCUAUCGACGAAAUCAGCAGUGCAGUCAACACAGAGCUCUCGUCACUGCAUAUCAGCUGGACGUGGCAUAGUGAUCUUACUACGGGAAUCGGCUUCGCGUCCACAAACGUCUGGUCUCGCCAAUACAGGAGGGCGAUGAAGAUAUCCUCCGGUGUCUUAGACCGGAAUCUGGACGUUGACCCUCAUACGGCGGCGCUGGGGUUUAGGGUUCAGUUGGCUAUGGAGUCAGACACGGUUAGAACUGGAGAUGAAACGAGUACUGAGAAGAAGGAAGUUAGGGUUCUCGUUAGGUGGCUUAAAGGGACUGACUCGGUGCUGUUUGAGAGUUUCUGUGGCAUGUUGAAGAGGAAACUGGAGGGGCGGUAG